AUGCUGCCCACCUCCGCUGCCCUCUCUUCCGCUCGUCGUGAUCAGAUACAUAUACCCUCUCAUUCCCGCCCUUCCAACCCAUCUUCCUCAACCAUCACUUCUACUUCCCAGACUCAACAGGCAGACUUUUAUAAGCAGCAGGCAUUGAAACAGGAUCAUUCCAACUACCACUCUACAUCCCUCAAAAUGGUCAUGCCGUCAGUUAACCGGACGAGCUUGCACCCAACUGGUGUCCAGUACGCUCCUUUGCCCUCUCUUAAAUCCCCCUUAUCAUCAAUUAUCCUCUGUCAAGACCCUUCGACAUCUGCCGGGGCCAUCACUGACCGACCGCUUGCCAGGCCGUCUCACCCUCAUACCGAGAUCGAGGAGGAACUCCACGAGACCGCCCAUAUCGACUAUGACAGAGUUGCUAUCGUAAGUCAUCUUGAAUGGGAAGCUAAACCCAUAGAACUUUCAAUAUAUUCUAACUGGUCAUUGCAGAUUGCCAACCCUUCCGUCGCCUCCCUUUACGAAGAUGCCUUGGUCUACGAGACCGGAACCGCCAUUACCUGCAGCGGUGCUCUUACCGCCUACUCUGGUGCCAAAACCGGCCGCUCUCCCCUAGAUAAGCGUAUCGUCAAGGAAGAGAGCUCUUCCAAGGACGUCUGGUGGGGACCCGUUAACAAGGCCAUGAGCCCCGAGGUAUGGAGAAUUAACCGCGAGCGUGCCGUUGACUACCUCAACACCCGCAACCGCAUCUAUGUCGUCGAUGGUUUCGCCGGCUGGGACCCACGUUACCGCAUCAACGUUCGUGUUGUUUGUGCUCGUGCCUACCAUGCCCUCUUCAUGCGCAACAUGCUUAUCCGACCUUCUCGGGCCGAGCUCGAGCACUUCCACCCCGACUAUGUCAUCUACAACGCCGGUUCUUUCCCAGCCAACAGAUGGACUGAGGGUAUGACCAGUGCUACUUCCGUCGCCAUCAACUUUGCCGAGAAGGAGAUGGUUAUCCUCGGAACCGAGUACGCUGGUGAAAUGAAGAAGGGUGUCUUCACCGUGCUCUUCUACGAGAUGCCAGUCAAGCACAACGUCCUCACCCUUCAUUCGUCUGCUAACCAGGGUAAGGAUGGUGAUGUCACCGUCUUCUUUGGUCUCUCAGGUACUGGAAAGACUACUCUUUCCGCCGACCCUAAGCGUGCCCUCAUCGGUGAUGACGAGCACUGCUGGACCGACACUGGUGUCUUCAACAUUGAGGGUGGCUGCUACGCCAAGUGCAUUGGUCUUUCUGCAGAGAAGGAACCAGAUAUUUUCAACGCCAUUCGCUUCGGCUCUGUUCUCGAGAACGUUGUCUUCAACCCAGAAACCCGUACCGUCGACUACGACGACUCCACCCUCACCGAGAACACACGGUGUGCUUACCCAAUUGAGUACAUUGAGAACGCCAAGAUCCCAUGUAUCUCUGACGGCCACCCCAAGAACAUCAUCCUUCUCACCUGUGAUGCUCGUGGUGUCCUCCCACCAAUCUCAAAGCUCACCCCUGAGCAGACCAUGUUCCACUUCAUCUCCGGUUACACCUCCAAGAUGGCUGGUACUGAGGACGGUGUCACCGAGCCCCAGGCCACCUUCUCAUCCUGCUUCGCCCAGCCAUUCCUUGCCCUCCACCCAAUGCGCUACGCUCGUAUGCUCGCUGACAAGAUCCGGGAGCACUCUGCCAACGCUUGGCUCCUCAACACCGGUUGGGUUGGCGCAGGCGCCACCACCGGCGGCAAGCGUUGCCCCCUCAAGUACACUCGUGCCAUCCUCGAUGCCAUCCACUCUGGUGAUCUCGCCAAGGCCGAAUAUGAAGUCUACGACACCUUCAACCUUCACAUCCCAACAUCCUGCCCUGGCGUGCCUUCAGAGCUUCUUAACCCCAAGACUUCCUGGACUGGUUCUGCCGACUUUAAGCAGGAGGUGACCAAGCUUGGUGUCCUCUUCAACGACAACUUCAAGAAGUAUGCUGAUGAGGCUACUCCCGAGGUCAUUGCUGCCGGCCCAGCCGUUGCUGCCGCCAAGGUCGAAGAGGCCGUCAAGCCUGCCGCCGCCGCUGUUAGCAACGUUGUCGAGCAGGUCAAGGCUGCUGUUGCUGAACCAGAGAAGGUUCUCAAUGGCAAUGCUCCUGCCAGCUAA